AUGCAGGAGGGUCACCCUUUGGCCUACAUCAGUCGACACUUGAAAGGGAAGCAACUGUUUCUCUCCAUCUAUGAAAAAGAGUUAUUGGCUGUUGUCUUUGCUGUUCAAAAGUGGCGCCAUUACCUUCUUACAAGCCACUUUGUGAUCAAGACAGAUCAAAGAAGCUUAAAAUACCUUUUGGAGCAACGCUUGAAUACUCCAAUUCAACAACAAUGGCUUCCUAAACUGCUGGAAUUUGAUUACGAAAUUCAGUACAAACAAGGGAAAGAAAAUUUGGUUGCUGAUGCCUUAUCGCGGGUUGAAGGAGCAGAGAUACUCAACAUGGCUAUGUCUGUUCUUGAGUGUGAUUUUAUUCAACAGAUUCAGGCUGGUUAUGAUUCGGAUAUCGAGCUACAAGAGUUAAUUGGUGAACUAAAGCUCAAACCGCAAGCUAGAAAACACUACUCUUGGUCACAAAAUAUCGUAAGGCGAAAGAGCAAGAUCGUUGUUCCUCAUACUCCUCUUCUACGAGGUAAAAUUUUGGAUUGGUUACAUAGUUCUGGGAGUGGUGGACAUUCUGGUCGUGAUGCUAUGCAUCAACGUGUGAAAGGGUUAUUCUACUGGAAGGGAAUGUCUAAAGAUAUCCAAGCUUUCAUCCGAGCUUGUCCGGUUUGUCAGCAAUGCAAGUAUGAUCCGGCCGCCUCUCCUGGUUUACUUCAGCCUCUACCGAUUCCUGAUACAAUAUGGUCUGACAUCUCCAUGGACUUUAUUGAUGGUUUGCCUAAAUCUUUUGGCAAAACAGUGAUUUUUGUGGUGGUGGAUCGCUUGAGUAAGGCUGCACAUUUCAUUGCUCUCUCCCACCCUUAUACAGCAGCUUCUGUAGCUCAAGCUUUCUUGGAUAAUAUCUUCAAGCUUCACGGUCUUUCCCGUUCUAUAAUCAGUGAUAGAGAUGCUAUUUUUCUUAGUGAAUUUCGGAGAGAACUUUUCAGCCUCCAAGGCGUUGCUCUAAACUACUCUAGCGCCUAUCAUCCUCAGAGUGAUGGCCAAACAGAAGUUGUGAAUCGAUGUUUGGAAACAUAUUUGCGUUACAUGUGCAGUGAUCGUCCACACUUAUGGAGUAAAUGGCUACCUCUCGCUGAGUAUUGGUAUAACACAUCUUUUCAUACCGCUACUCAAAUGACACCUUUUGAAGCUGUUUAUGGUCAACAGCCACCUCAGCACUUACCUUAUCUUCCUGGAGAGUCAAAAGUUGCAGUGGUCGCUAAAGAGUUUACAAGAACGUGA